AUGGGUCGAAAAGUGACCGUCGCAGCUUGUACGCUGAACCAGUGGGCAUUGGAUUUUGAAGGAAACAUGGCAAGAAUUAUGCAGUCAAUUUUAGAGGCUCGUGAAAUGGGCGCUGUCUACAGAACUGGACCUGAGUUGGAAGUCCCUGGAUACAGCUGCGAAGAUCAUUUCUUUGAAUCCGAUACGUUUCUGCACUGUUGGGAAGUUCUUUUAGAGAUUAUGAUGUCACCAAUAUCCCAAAAUAUGUUGAUUGAUGUCGGUAUGCCAGUUCAACACUUUAAUGUCGCUUAUAACUGCCGCGUUAUUUUUUAUAAUAAAAAGAUCGUCCUUAUCCGACCAAAAAUGAUGAUGUGUGAUGAUGGAAAUUAUCGUGAAACGAGAUGGUUCUCAGCGUGGACGAAGGUCAGACAUGUCGAUGAAUUUUAUCUUCCUAGAAUUGUUUCAAAUGCGACAGGACAACAAACAGUUCCAUUUGGUGAUGCUGUCGUGUCAACGCGAGACACGUGCAUUGGAUUUGAAAUUUGUGAGGAGUUGUGGAAUCCACGAAGCACUCACAUUGAUUUGAGCUUAGCAGGAGUCGAAAUAAUGGUUAAUGGAAGUGGAAGUUAUCUUCAAUUGAGAAAAGCUUAUAUAACGACAGAUUUGAUAAGGAAUGCAUCAUACAAAGCUGGAGGUGCUUAUCUGUUUUCAAAUCUUCGUGGGUGUGAUGGUCAGCGUGUGUGGUGGGGUGGAAAUUCAGCAAUUGCCUUAAAUGGUGACAUCAUUGCACGUAGUAAGCAAUUUUCACUUUCUGAUGUUGAAGUUACAGUUGGAACUUUUGAUUUAGAGGAUAUUCGGAGCUAUAGAAUGGCACUAAGAUCAAGAUGCACUCUUGGUGCAUCAGCACCAUUAUAUCCGAGAAUUAGUAUUGAAUGUGAGCUUUCAAGUCGAGGUGAUAUUUUCAUUUCCGCAAACUCACCAAUUGAAUGGCAUUAUCACACGCCAGAAGAAGAAAUUGCACUUGCUCCAGCAUGCUGGUUGUGGGAUUACUUGCGACGAUCUGGUCAAGGUGGUUUCUUUUUGCCGCUAAGCGGUGGUGUUGAUUCAAGCAGCAGUGCAUGCAUAAUUCACAGCAUGUGUCGAAUGGUCGUAGAUGCUAUUCAACAUGGUGAAGCUCAAGUUUUGCAUGACGUUAGAAAAAUUCUUGCUGAUCCUGACUUUACACCUCACAAUCCUGGUCAGUUAUGCAAUCGAUUGCUUGUUACAUGCUUUAUGGGGUCAGAAAACUCAAGUAAAGAAACUCGUCGUCGUGCAUCAAUGUUAGCAAAUCAACUUGGCAGCUAUCAUUUAGAAAUUAACAUUGACAGUGCAGUAUCAAGUAUGUUGUCAAUUUUUAAUGCUGUGACUGGAUUAACACCAAAGUUCCGUACACAAGGCGGAUGUCCACGUCAGAAUUUAGCAUUACAAAAUAUUCAAGCACGUGUUCGAAUGGUUGUUUCUUAUCUUUUUGCUCAACUUAUGCUUUGGGUUCGUAAUCGACCCGGUGGACUUUUAGUUCUUGGCUCUGCAAAUGUUGAUGAGUCGUUGCGUGGAUACAUGACCAAAUAUGAUUGCUCAUCAGCUGACGUUAAUCCAAUUGGUGGAAUAUCUAAAACUGACUUAAGAAAGUUUCUUCAUUAUGCUAUGGAAAAAUUUAAUAUUCCUGUUUUAGCUGAAAUUAUUUCUGCACCACCAACAGCUGAAUUGGAACCUCUUCAAGGUGGUCAAUUAGCACAAACGGAUGAGCAGGAUAUGGGAAUGACAUACAGUGAGUUAAGUGAGUUUGGUAGACUCCGCAAACAAGCAGCUUGUGGACCAUAUUCAAUGUUUUGCAAACUUGUUGCUAGUUGGCGCAAUGAAUGUGCACCGAAAGAAGUUAGUGACAAGGUUAAGCACUUUUUCCGUUGUUAUGCUAUAAAUCGUCAUAAAAUGACUGUUUUGACACCUUCGGUUCAUAUGGAAAGUUACUCACCCGAUGACAAUCGUUUUGAUCAUCGUCCAUUCUUAUACAGAGCUAAUUGGAGCUGGCAGUUUAAAGCCAUUGAUGAUGAACUUGACAGAAUCACAAGGUCAUCGACAAUGUCAACAAAAAGUGAAAAAAGUGAUCACGAGCUUUCUGAACUUCUAAAAAAACAAACUGAAACUCAUGCAAAAGUUGAGAAGCAACAAAGUUCACCAGUUAUUUUUAGUGCUCAUGACGUCGGUCCAGCACAUGACAUUAUAACAACAAACGGAAUUUCUGGUGCGUGUUCGAGUGGAAAUAUCUGCAUUGCUGAUAGCAAGCAGCCAACAUUAAAGAAAAGUCACAGCACAGGAUAUAACAAAGUUCAAGGUGGUAACGUUAUGGGACGUAUAAAGGAUCGAACUGGAGUUCCUGUCUAA